AUGAGCUGUCCUCAGGCAUUGCCGCUGCAGGCGGAUGCCGAACGGCCCGACUUCAUGAAUCCCGCGGUUUUUCGCAGAAAUACCCUCCCCGCUCGCACUUAUCAUAUUCCCUCAACAUCUCUACUUCUCAAUGGAGCCUGGGAGUUCAAGAUGUCCCGGUCGCCACCGGAGGCACCGGAGCCUGGCGAGGAUACUUCUGACAGUGACUGGUCCAGCAUCGAUGUUCCGGGCCAUUGGCAGCUGCAGGGCUGGGGAAAGCCGAAUUAUACUAACACACAAUUCCCAAUCCCAGUGUGCCCUCCUUUCGUACCCACGGAUAAUCCCACAGGUACAUACCGUCGGAAUUUUCGCGUGCCAGCCGAAUGGCAAGCCGAAAACAUAGAAAUACGCUUGCGGUUCGACGGCGUCGAUAGCGCGUAUCAUGUCUGGGUGAACAAGUGCUUGGUUGGGUAUGCUCAAGGCAGCCGAAACCCGUCCGAAUUUGACAUCACGCCAUAUUUGCAGGAAAGCAACAAUGAAUUGUUUGUGCGGGUGUAUCAGUGGUCAGACGCUACAUAUAUUGAGGAUCAGGAUCAAUGGUGGCUAUCUGGAAUUUUCCGAGAUGUCACUUUGAUUGCUUUCUCAGCCCAGGAUCGCUUGAAUGACUGGUUUAUUCGCACAGAUCUCGAUUCAGAAUACAAAGAUGCGACCCUUCUUGCAACAAUCGAUUACCAAGCCUCAGAGGCAAGCACUAUUGUACUUAAUUUGAUUGAGUCAGUCGAAGGCAACCGUCAUGUCGUUGCUUCUACAGAGUGCAAGGUAGUGCCAGCAAUAUCCACAGUUGAACUCAGCCUGCCUAUUGCCAACCCCAAGAAAUGGACCGCGGAGGGGCCGUAUCUGUAUGAAGUGCAGAUGCUCCUGACAAAUUCGGGAUCCAAAAAGACGCACAAGGCUACACAGCGCAUUGGUUUCCGCAAGGUUGAGCGCAAGGGUGGCCUCAUCACCGUCAACGGCAAGGCUAUCCGGCUGCGUGGCGUCAACCGACAUGACCACCAUCCCCUUCUAGGUCGUGCCGUGCCCAUUGACUUCAUGAGGAAAGACCUUCUUCUCAUGAAAGGCCACAACAUCAAUGCCCUUCGCUGUAGCCACUAUCCCCCCGACCCCCGGCUUCUUGAUAUGGCUGAUGAACUGGGCUUUUGGGUCAUUGAUGAGGCCGAUCUGGAAUGUCAUGGUUUCUAUGACGCUGUCGCUCGGCCAAUGGACAUGGAUGAAACUCUCGAGUACGAGGAGCGCAAGGCAAUGAUCUUCCCUAAGUGCGGUGUCCAUACAUCAGAUAACCCCAUCUGGCGGGCAGCCUACGUUGAUCGAGUUCAUUCAUUGAUGCAACGAGACAAGAAUCACACUAGCAUCAUCAUCUGGUCAAUGGGGAAUGAAGCCUUCUUCGGCACAUGUCACCGUUCCAUGGCGGAGUAUGCCCGGCGUUUUGACAGCACUCGCUUGAUCCACUACGAGGGCGACGUCCAUGCGGAAACCACGGACAUGUUUAGCUACAUGUAUCCGGAAAUUAGCCGGUUGAGAUCCUUAGCAGCGACUGAGGGUAUUAUGGACAAUGGCGAGUUUAAUAAGCCCAUCAUUCUCUGUGAAUACGCUCAUGCCAUGGGCAACGGACCCGGCCUGCUUCCGGAUUACGAGAAAUGCUUCGACGAGAUCCCGCGCUUGCAGGGUGGUUUCAUUUGGGAAUGGGCCAACCACGGGCUGUACAUUGGGGGAAACAACCAAAAAGAAGGCCUUUAUGCCUACGGUGGUGAUUUUGAUGACUAUCCGAAUGAUGGAACAUUUGUAAUGGAUGGUCUCUUGAACAGCGCCCAUCAGCCUUUGCCAGGUCUGUUGGAGCUGAAAAGAGCCUUUGAACCGGUCAAAUUGGAAGUCCGUAAAGAAAUCUUGGCUGUGAAGAACCGGUACGACUUUUUGGAUCUAAGCCAUCUCCGAGCUUCGUACAAGCUUGAGACAUUUGAUAAACAAACAAACAUCUUGACAUCUGGAUCGCUGGAGUUACCUAUGGUGCCCGCUGGGCAGUCUGCUGAUAUUUCUCUCCCGGUAGAGCUCUUCCAUCACAAAGCCCACCCAGCCUACCUGACCAUUACAUUCGAGCAAAGAGGAAUGGUUGAAUGGGAUCAAGGGGCUUAUGUCGUUGCUUGGACACAAGUGUUGAUCUCAAAGCCAGCUGAGAAAGCCCCGGUCAACGGCGUGGGCCUUGCACGAGGUAUGCGGGAUGCUAUCUCGACCAUGUCCACAAAGACAACCGUCUUUAUCAGCAGCAAUAACUGGUCCUUUGAGUUUGAUUGCGUUCGCGGACAUCUCAGGAAGUGGACCCACAAUUCGACUUCUAUUCUUGAACCGCAUCCAAAAACAGGACUCGCCAUGGUGCCUAGUUUCUGGCGCCCUCCGACAGACAACGACGUUCCUACUGCGGCACGUUAUUGGAAGCGAUUCGGAGUUCAUAGCCUCACGAACCAGCUUCGUUCCUUCAAUAUAUUAUCGAAAGACAGUGAUUGUGUUUGCAUCGAAAGCGAGACAUUCCUCUCUCCUCCAAUCCUUUCCUGGGGGUGGAAAUGCUUUGCGCGUUAUACCAUCAAAUCCGACGGCUCUUUAUCCAUUACCAUGAGAUUCCAACCCACUGGAACCGCACCGACAACUGUCCCUCGAGUAGGGCUAAAUCUUCGUACAAGCUCUGCUCUGCAGUCAGCACGGUGGCUGGGACUCGGACCUGGAGAAUCUUAUCCCGAUAAGAAGGCCUCCCAGAAGAUUGGCCUGUGGAGAUUUGAUAACGUCAAAUCACUGCAGACGAUAUACGACAUUCCGCAGGAGAAUGGGAACCGUACAGAGACAUAUUGGAUGGAACUUCUGACUGAAAAUGGUACGGGCUUCCGUGCAAGCCGACAGGGAUGUACGGUGGGGAAUGGAGGAACGGCAAGCUUGAAUUGGACAGCUAGCCGGUACUCCGACGAGUCUAUUGAGGCAGCACAACACCCUUGUGAUCUCAUUGAAGAUGAUGCUGUGUUUGUUAGACUGGAUGAACGAGUUGCAGGUGUAGGAACUGCAGCAUGUGGCCCAGGACCUAUGGACGAGCAUCUGAUUAAGGUGCAGGAUAUCGCCUUUGGUAUAGUAUUGGAGCCUGUCUCUUCAUAA